AUGUUUGUUGUCACCUCUCCCCUGGCCAUAUGCGUGGCCCUGCUCUUCCUCCUCAGGGCAGCCAUUGCAGCACCUUCGAAUAAUGCCGAGCCCGGCCUUAAGGCGACUCCCGAUUUACCACCUCCGGGCGCCAACAGACCAAACCUUGUGACAUUCGACGUCCUCAGCCAAAGCUUCCCAGACCAGCCAUUCCUCACCAACACCUUCCACGUCGAGCGCUCGGGUGGAAAGAACACUGUGAUGUCUGCAUUCACGGUCGGAGGCAUAGCGCCAAAUACGACGAACUGCACACUGUGGUGGAGGAAGCCGAGUUCCCGUGACCCAUUCUAUUUGGUCUCCGGUCAAAAUCGCUCGGUAGAUAUCUGGACUACGAAGCCUUGGUUUACAGAAAAACCACGUACAUACCCCACAUGGCAUAAUCCGCCCAAGAAGAGGCAAUUGUUAAAGCAACUUGAAUUUCCUACUCGGGGGAAAAACAAAAUCCUAAUAGGAUCGGUGCCGUGUCACCAUACCCUGAGCUUUCUGGGAGCGUUGACCCUGGGUCAACCAGGAGACGCCCUAACAUGGUGGCUCAACGAGCAGGGGAUUCGCGGCUUUUAUCUGUGGUUGAAGGUGCAGAAAUUUAGUUGA